CAAUGGCCGGACACCAGCGGGAUGAUCAGGGUUUGCGAAAGCUGAUUUGAUGACGGAGUGCCAUUGGCAGCGCGGGGCACGACCAGAGCCAAGUGAUGGCUCCUGCAGCAGGGCCCAGGAGCUCGCUGCCCGUCACACAUGCACUUAUGCACCUGUGUGACCCGUCGCGAUUUUAUGGUUUCUCUUUCUUUUUCUCUUCAUGGUACUCUUCUGCCUCCUGUUUUUGCCCGAUAUAAUAUUCUCUUGUCGAGCGAGAAAAGUUAGGGACUAAAUAAUCACCCGCCACCAUCCCGUCCUUGAAGCUCUCGUCCUGCGAACUUCAACAUCCUCCCUCGGCACUUCCCCUCAUCUUAUCCUACUCGUAGAGCUCCGCGAAUAUGGCCGCCCGGCCAGGAGAGGAGCACGUCGCUACUCUCUACGGAGACAUCCACUACUUUUACGGCCCGCCGACGCACAACCCGCCCCAUCACCGGUUCGACAAGGGCUCCUAUGUGUACCUGUUUGAGGAUGCGAACCAGGGGCGCGCCCGGAUAGAAAUCGCCAACAACCCCGGGCGUGACGACCAGGACGCGUUUGACGGCUACCUUGACAGGGUUCACCUUCGUUACUCGUACAAGCACACCUGCCUCGUAACACUCACCGUCGGCGAGGUUCAGGGGAACGACGAGUGGCAUCUGCCAACCUUUGACCCUCACAACCAGAACAAAUACCACUACAAGCUCCACUCCCUCGACAUCUACUUUUGGAUGCCCCAGGACGCCGUGCAGUUCCUUAACGGGAUUAGGCGCGUACUUCCGCCAGCGCAAUGCGAGAUCUUGGACGAACCCGGGCCGCCGCCUCGCCAUGAGGCCGAAGUGAGUUCUGUGGUGCAGAAACUCGAGCAGGCUGCCAUAUCCGGCUCCAACUCCCUACAAGCGACACCGGCCGGCUUGCAGCCCAACACUUCCGGGGCCCCGUCCUUCCCCGGUCCGCCCAUGUCUGCUGUCGCUGGCUCCGGAGACGGACCGUCGCCCCCGCCUCAACAGUUCACGCCGAUCGCUUACAACCCCGCCGCGCCCCCCGCCCCCGAGGAGGUCCGCCACCGAGAGAAGACGCCGCCACCCGAAGAUGGUGUCGCGAACCCCCUCCACCAAACUCUCGCCUAUGAUGCGGCGACGCCAUUCUCGCCCGGCCUCGUUCCGAGCGGACUUGGCCCGCUCAGCCCUGGCAUUCCUCCGCCCAACCUCCAGCACCCACCCGGCGCCCCAACCUUCCCCGGCCCGCCCCAGCCAAGCCUCGCCUCGCCCGGGUUUGCGCCUCAGGGAUUCGGUUCCCUUGGCGGGCAAGCGACCGGCAUGGCUCAACCACCGCCGGUGCAUCCGGGCAUUUCCCGCGCCGCCACGAUGCCAGUACACGGGGGCGGCACCCCGCUCGCAAGUCCGGGAUUAGCCAGCCCUUAUGGCGUCGGGACGUUCCCCAGCCAUGUGCAGCAGCAGUAUACCCCCGGAGUCACGCAUACCCCGACGCCACCUGGCGGUGGAGUGGGGGUGCCUCCGGCGGCUGGACGGGGACAGGCGCCGCAGAACUAUUCGGUGCACCAGCAAUUCUAUAUUCCUGAAGAUCAGUACCAGCCAAAGCAGGAGACCAAGGGCAGGUUUGAGGAAAACGCGGGGAAAUUGGAGAGGGGCGUUACCGGAAUGUUCAAGAAGAUCGAGAAGAGGUUUGGGUGAACGUGUGUAUCUCGAGUACUAUGGUGGGGGGGCGUAUUGAGAUUCUGGAUAAGGGGAAUGACUUGUUUGCCAACCAGGCCAUGACUUGUUGCGUGGUUCGUUCCUGGGCCAGCUUUUUGUGGAUCAUGAAGUAAGAAGCUUUGCAGUCUCAUUUUCUAUCGAGAUAAUUCUGCCCUUUUUGUAACACAUAACUCCAGAUAAACAAUGACCCACCCCUUCCCAUAAC